GAUUUAUUGGAAAAUUUCUAAUUACGAUUCAAUUAUGGGCAGUGCCCGCAGAGGAUAAAACUGAAAAGGUGGCAGGCGAUCUCCAGAAAUCGUUUGAUUUUAGAUAAACAUAUGACACAUACUGAAAAGCUAAGCUACAGCCAGUUAGGUAUUGUUUUAGAGAUAGUGCAGGCAAAAAUAGGGAAAUGUGCUUUUAAAAUGUCAUUUAUAGUCAAAGUAUCAGCACAGAAUAAGUAUGGAAGUCAAAGCGAGCGAUAUCAGCCAGUCAAUGACUGAAAGGCCGAAAGAGGUAAAGGUCACCAGAAGUGAAAAGUGCGCGUAAUCCACAGACAAAUUCGCAAAUCGCUUGUCCUCUCAUAUACGAAAACUUUUUCAGUAAAGAUAUAAUUCGUUUUACAUCACAGGAGCAGGCAAACUUGUGAAGGAUUUCAAAUCUUGUCGAAUUUUAUUAAUUUUAGACCAGCUUUCCUAGGCGUUGUGGAUGUGAAAUCAGAAGCCGCAUUCCGAUUAAUUUAGGUGCAUGAUUAAGUCACGUCAGCCCGAGUGCGUCGUUCAUUGUUUUUAGGAUGAAAUGGCCUUUUCGCUGGGUGUAAUGCCGCGAUUUCAGAGGGUGUGGACGGAUGUCGACCAGCUAAACUGCCAGAACACUGUGCUCGUACGCAACGAUAACGACACGUGGUGGGUCGGUUACAUUCAGGAUAUAGAAGGCGACCAGGUUUUCAUCCAUUUCGGCUCCAAAAAGGUCACGUCGCGGUGGAUGCAUAUAGGAACCGUCUGGUCCUUCCCAUUUUACUAUGCGGGAGAUCCUAUGUAUCCAUACAAAGGUUUUCUGAACGUUCCGGUUUUUGUGGCUCUCCGCGACGAAGACAACGGACCCUUUCACUUCAGACCAGCCGUUAUAACGCAUCUCUUAUCCUGUUGUAAUUCAUGGAAUGUUUUGCAUCCGAACCGAUGCUGCCACAACUGACCUGCCCACGCAGAGAGAUUACUUCGAGUUAACGGACAUCGGCCAGGUUGUCUGUCAAUUGCCGCCCACUUGGCCAUCCUUGCUGGAGUGCCGCAAUGGUUUAGUCUGCACCAAGCACUUCAUCCCGUUUGACAGAGCCCAAGUUUGUCUGAGCGACCCUUCCGACAAAUACCGGAUCAUCAAGCACAUAAGCACGGCUCUUGGGAGCCACGAGCUCCGAUCAUCACUUCCGCCCUUCUAUUGCAGAUUUCAUCUGCGCAUUCAAAAAGAUGUCUGCAUGUUCAUAACCAUCGACUCAAAAUCACAGUCACUUACGACUGCCAUGUUGGCGGAAGUGUUGGCGAAGCAUCUGGUCGGUCGGAGUGAACUGCCGUCUAUGGCUGAUCGAGUUUUCUGCGCAAGUGGAACUGCCCCGUUCGAAACAGAUGACGCACUGGUGCUGACUGCUUCCAUCCGUGAUCUGACUCCUUCGCUGCUGAGUGAGGUAUUUUCCCAUCUGGACGUGCAUUCACAAAUGGCGACCAAACGGGUUUGCGCAUUGUGGCAGUUGUUGCUGAGCAGUCCGCGCAUGACGGAGCACAUCAGUAUUUCGCUGGAGAGCUGUUGGCGGCUGAAGGUGGACAACGGCAACUGCUUCAAAGCGGCACUUCUACUCCUCCGCUCAAUUAGCUCAAGCACAAUCAGCCUCACACUGCUGACUUUUCCCCCGCCUUGUCACUCUUUGUUCCUGAACAAUUUGCUUGAAGCUAUAAUGGUCACCAGGCUGCCUUUGAUCGUCUUCAAAGACCACACUUAUAACGGCGACUCAAGAGUUAAUUUUAACCAUCAACUUCAAUCUCGACUGAAACAUACCCCUAUUAAUAGUUUCUGUGUUAUCAGACAUACUUAUGCGUUCUGGCUGAGUGAGUCACGAAAAAAUUGA